UGCGGCAGAGCCCGAGAGCGGCGGGGACGGGGCCCUGGGGGUCCCGCUCGAGGAUGGGGCCGAGGAUGGGGGUGAUGUUGCUGGUCCUUGGCCACCUCCCAGUGCCCCCCGUGUGGGCUCCCAACGAAAUCUGCGGCAGCAUGGACAUCCGCAACGACGUCUCCCAGCUGCGGAAGCUGGAGAACUGCUCCAUCAUCGAAGGCAACCUGCAGAUCCUGCUGAUGUUCACCACGGGCGCCGAGGACUUUCGGGGGCUCAGCUUCCCUCGCCUGCUCAUGAUCACAGAGUACCUGCUCCUUUUCCGCGUCUACGGGCUGGAGAGCCUGCGGGAUCUCUUCCCCAACCUCUCCGUCAUCCGCGGCACCAACCUCUUCUUCAGCUACGCCUUGGUCAUCUUCGAGAUGCCGCACCUGCGGGACGUGGGGCUGCACAGCCUGGGCCACAUCCUCCGCGGUUCGGUGCGCAUUGAGCGCAACCAGGAGCUCUGCCACCUCUCCACCAUCGACUGGGGGCUGCUGCUGCCCGACAGCGGGGACAGCACCUACAUCGUCGGCAAUAAGUUGGCUGAAGAGUGUGCCGAUGUCUGCCCGGGCAUCCUGGAUGUGGAGAAGCCGUGUGUGCAGACCAGCGUCAACGGACAGCUGGAUUAUCGCUGCUGGACCUCCAGCUACUGCCAGAAAGUGUGCCCGUGCGGUGCGGGCUCGGCGUGCACGGCAGCGGGCGAGUGCUGCCACGCCGAGUGCCUGGGGGGCUGCGGCCGCCCCCACGACAGACGGGCCUGCGUCGCCUGCCGCCACUUCCACUUCAACGGGCACUGCCUGCCCUCGUGCCCGCCCCGCACCUACGAGUACGAGGGCUGGCGCUGCGUCACCGCCGAGUACUGCGCCAGCCUCCGCAAGGUCUCCGACAACCCCCGCGACGCCUCCAAGUUCGUCAUCCACCAGCGGCAGUGCCUGUCCGAGUGUCCUUCGGGAUACACCAGGAACGAGAGCAGCAUGUUCUGCCACAAGUGCGAGGGGCUGUGUCCCAAGGAGUGCAAGGUGGGCACCAAGACCAUCGACUCGAUGCAGGCGGCGCAGGAGCUGGGGGGCUGCACCCUCAUCGAGGGGAACCUCAUCCUCAACAUCCGCCGGGGCUAUAACCUGGCCUCGGAGCUGCAGAGCAGCCUGGGACUCAUUGAGACCAUCACGGGCUUCUUGAAGAUCAAGCACUCCUUUGCCCUCGUCUCCUUGUCCUUCUUCAAGAACCUAAAACUGAUCCGUGGUGACUCCAUGGUGGAUGGGAAUUACACCCUGUAUGUCCUGGACAACCAGAACCUGCAGCAGCUCUGGGACUGGAGCCACCACAUCCUCUCCAUCCCUGUGGGCAAGAUGUACUUUGCAUUCAAUCCCAAGCUGUGCCUGGCCGAGAUCUAUCGCAUGGAGGAGGUGACAGGCACCAAGGGCCGGCAGAACAAAGCCGAGAUCAACCCCCGCACCAACGGGGACCGGGCGUCCUGCAAGACCCAGACCCUGCGCUUCAUCUCCAACGUCACCGAGUCCGAUCGCAUCUUCCUCAAGUGGGAGCGGUACCGGCCCCCCGAGUACCGGGACCUCCUCAGCUUCAUUGUCUACUACAAGGAGUCACCCUUCCAGAAUGUGUCGGAGUACGUGGGACAGGAUGCCUGUGGGGCCCAGAGCUGGAACGUGCUGGAUGUGGAUCUACCCCUGAGCAGUGAGCAGGAGCCAGGGGUGACGCUGCUCAAUCUCCGUCCUUGGACCCAAUAUGCCAUCUUUGUGCGCGCCAUCACCCUCACCACGGCCGAGGAAGGACGCAACUACGGGGCACAGAGCGAGGUGGUUUACAUCCGCACCAUGCCAGCGGCCCCGACGGUGCCCCGGGAUGUCAUCUCCAUGUCCAACUCUUCCUCCCACAUCGUGGUGCGUUGGAAACCGCCCACGCAGCGCAACGGCAACAUCGUCUACUACCUGGUGCUGUGGCAGCAGCUGGCCGAGGACAUGGAACUCUACAUCAACGACUACUGCCACAAAGGCCUGAAGCUGCCCACCAGCAGCGCAGACACGCGUUUUGGUUUUGGGGAUGGUCCUGAGGGGGAGCAGGAUGCGGAGGAGAGGUGCUGCCCCUGCCGCCCCACUGACGGGCAGCUCCGCAUGGAGGGCGAGGCCGAGUCCUUCCAGAAGAAGUUUGAGAACUUCCUCCACAAUUCCAUCACCAUCCCCAGGCCACCCUGGAAGGUGACAUCCAUCAAUAAGAACCCACAGAGGACCCCAAAGCAGCGCAGGGACGUGGUGGCCGUCACAUCCGCGGCCAACGCUUCCUCAGCAGAGCCGCUGGCCCCGAGCCGCCCGGGAGGCGAGCCCAAGCCUGACUUCCAGAUCUUCGAGGACAAGGUGGUGCGUGACCGGGCGGUGCUGUCGCGGCUGCGCCACUUCACCGAGUACCGCAUCGACAUCCACGCCUGCAACCACGCCGCGCACACCGUGGGCUGCAGCGCCGCCACCUUCGUCUUCGCCAGGACCAUGCCCGAGCUGCAAGCUGACAACAUUCCUGGCAACGUCACGUGGGAGCCGGCUGGCAAGAACAGUGUCCUGCUGCGCUGGGAAGAGCCCAGGAACCCCAACGGGCUCAUCCUCAAGUAUGAGAUUAAGUACAGCCGGGAGAGUGAGGAUGGGGAUGCGGAUGGGGUUAGUCACAGUGACGGGGAUGGGGUGAUCCCCACUCACCCCACAGUGUACAUGCCUGAUGAGUGGGAGGUGUCCCGGGAGAAGAUCACAGUGAUCCGGGAGCUGGGACAGGGCUCCUUUGGGAUGGUGUAUGAGGGGGUGGCCCUGGGGCUGGUCACGGAGGGAGAGGAGACCAAGGUGGCCCUGAAGACAGUCAACGAGCUGGCCACCAUGCGGGAGCGCAUCGAGUUCCUCAACGAGGCCUCCGUCAUGAAAGCCUUCAAGUGCCACCACGUGGUCCGUCUGCUGGGCGUGGUAUCCCAGGGCCAGCCAGCUUUGGUCAUCAUGGAGCUGAUGACACGUGGGGACCUGAAGAGCUACCUGCGUUCUCUCAGGCCUGAAGCCGAGAACAACCCCGGGCUGCCACCGCCGUCGCUGAAGGACAUGAUCCAGAUGGCGGGCGAGAUCGCCGACGGCAUGGCCUACCUCAGCGCCAACAAGUUCGUGCACCGGGACCUGGCCGCCCGCAACUGCAUGGUGUCCGAGGACUUCACCGUCAAGAUUGGAGAUUUCGGCAUGACCCGGGAUAUCUAUGAGACGGAUUAUUACCGGAAAGGGGGCAAGGGGCUGCUCCCCGUGCGCUGGAUGUCCCCCGAGGCGCUCAAGGACGGCAUCUUCAACACGCAGUCUGACGUCUGGUCCUUCGGGGUGGUGCUGUGGGAGAUCGCCACGCUGGCCGAGCAGCCCUACCAGGGCAUGUCCAACGAGCAGGUCCUGCGCUUUGUCAUGGACAACGGCAUCCUGGAGCGGCCCGAGAACUGCCCCGACGAGCUCCACGAGCUGAUGUGCCUGUGCUGGCAGCAGAACCCACGCCAGCGCCCCUCCUUCGUGCAGCUCCUGGAGCGCAUCAAGGACCACAUGGCGCCUGCUUUCCGCACCCUCUCCUUCUUCUACAGCCCCGAGAACGGCCAUCACGGCUCGGGAGAGCCCUCCAGCACCGAGACAGAUCCAUCCCCCGAGGAGGAUGAGCCCCCCGCAUCCCCCCUGCCCGCACGCAGGGACCACAGCCCAGGGCAGCUCCCCAACGGGACAGCCUCGCUCUGACCCCGGGGUGUCCUCGGACCCCUGCUGGACUCUGCACCCCACGCCCCUCUCCAGCCACCCCCCACUUGCUGGGAGCCCCCCGCAUUAUUUAUUGCUUCUGAGGGCCCAGCCGAGGAGUGGGUGCCUUGGGAGGAGGGUGGCAGCAAGGCAAGGAUGGUCCGUGGGAUGCAUUUCCCCUGAAAAUAAAUUGGGGGUGCUCCGAGAUGGGGGGAGGGAGUGGGGGGCUGCUGCUUGGGAGGAGAACACGCAUUUUUCCUUACUUUUUUUGGGGGGGUGGGAUAAGGUGGGUAUGGGAAUGGGUAGCAGGGUUUGGCAUUUGGGGUCCCCCAUCAACCUGCCCCUGUCAUCGCUCCCCAGGUCAGCGACCCCUGUGAUCCCCACACCUUUCCCGGGUGGGGAAACUGAGUCACGGGUCUCAGAGAAGCCUGGGGUGCCCUGAUGUCUCUUCCCAGAGGCCGUGCUGGUCCACGGAAGGGGCGUCACUGCCUAAU